AUGUCUCUCCACAGUGAUAUAGCCAGUCUGGACAGGUUUGGGUACUGCCGUAUAGUGGGACGUAUAAAGGACAUGAUCAUACGUGGAGGAGAGAACAUCUACCCUGCUGAGAUAGAGCAGUUCCUUCACACCCAUCCCAAAGUACAGGAGGCCCAGGUGAGAUCCACACCCAUCUCAAAGUACAGGAGGCCCAGGACUCAGCACCACUAGAGGGCAGCAGAGAAAAUCUAUCUAGGAAAUGUUAGUACCAAACCCUUAGUUCUAGAACCUUUCAUUUCCUGUCUUCAUUUCUCAAUACUCCUAUCACCAUAUGAUAGCCAACAGUAGGUAUGAUUGGAACAGUUUUCUGAUUGUAGUAUAUCCAAAUCCAUACACAAAAAAAAACUGUAUGCACGUAUGACUGUAAGUCGCUUUGGAUAAAAGCGUCUGCUAAAUGGCAUAUUAUUAUUAUUAUUAUUAUUAUUAUUAUUAUUAUUAUUAUUAUUAUUAUUAUAUCCAAGUGUUUAUUUUCUCUCCCUGUCCCGUCCACCUCUCUUUCUCCCCAGGUGAUAGGUGUGAGAGAUGAGAGGAUGGGGGAACAGGUGUGUGCCUGUAUCAGACUGAAGGAGGGGCAGGACUGUAGCAGAGAGGAGAUCAGAGACUUCUGCAAGGGACAGGUGACACAGAGACAGGAAGUGACAUGACCUGUGAAUCGAUCAUUGUCAGGCUUAGAACUUCUCCUAUGUCAACUGUUAUAUACUUUGUUAUAUUGAGUUUAUAGCUACAUGCAUCUGCUUCUACUGUUCCAGAUUUCUCACUUCAAGAUCCCACACUAUGUGGUGUUUGUGGACAGCUAUCCACUGACUGCCUCUGGAAAGGUAGGAUGGCUUUAUGACAGCGUGUUUUCUCUGUCUUAA